AAAUGUGCAAUAUAAAUAAAAAGAAUAUUAUUUAUGUAUUUAUUUAUUUUUGCACCAGGGCCAUCAACAUCGUCUUCGUCACAUGUUUAUGAGGAGGAGCAAGUGGAAGACAACAUUGCGGCGUCCACACCACUUCCCAGCAGUGGUUCAACAGAAGUGCCAUCAACUCCAUCACGACUUGAGGAGGAGCAAGUGGAAGCAUCCACACCACUUCCCAGCAGUGGUUCAACAGAAGUGCCAUCAACUCCAUCUCCACUUCAUGAGGAGGACAAAGAGGAAGAUGACAUUGACAUGGCAGAGACCACCCCACCAUCCAGAACUGGGGUACCUGUAGGUAUUGCAAGCACCACAUUAAGUGAUGACCCAGGAUGUUGGCCCAGUGUCCUAACAAGCAGUAUGCGCUGUGAAAUAGUCAAAAAAGGACCUGUGCAAAUCAUGGACAUUGAAUUCCCGCAAAACUUAGACAAUCCUCCUCGAAGAUUCACCAAGGACAGUUACAAAAGAACCAUGAAAAAUGGUGAGAAUAUACAUCGAUCGUGGCUGGUGUAUUCCAUCCACACAGAUGGAGUGUUCUGUUUCCCUUGUACUGUUUUCGGGAAGCGUGAGCGUGACAAUGCCUUAACGACCUGUGGCUACGGUGGAUGGAAGAACCUUUCCUAUCGCCUAAAAAAACACGAGUGCACAAAGGUGCACUGUGACAAUGUGAAAAAGUGGCACGACCUUCAGAGGAGACUGCAAACCAGUACACUGAUUGAUCAAAGACAGAUGGAGUUGAUGCAACUUGAAGUUGAACACUGGAAAGGCGUGAUUCGGAGAGUGAUUGCCAUAGUUUCCCAUCUGGCAGAACGCAACCAGGCUUUGAGAGGAACUACCAGUACCGUGUAUGAUCGCCACAAUGGGAAUUUUCUGGCUCAAGUGGAACUCCUAGCACAGUUUGAUCCGGUAAUGAAUGAACACAUCAGACGAAUACAAUGCAAAGAGACAAAGGUGCAUUACCUGAGUGGAGUCAUUCAGAACGAAAUCAUUCAGCUGGUCGGAGACAAAAUCCUACAGGAGAUUGCAAGAAGAGUGCACAAAGCAAAAUACUUCUCCGUGAUCAUGGAUUGCACUCCUGACAUCAGCCACAAGGAACAACUUUCUGUUGUUCUCAGGAUUGUCAACUGUGAAACACCUGUUUCUAUUGCUGAGCAUUUUUUGGGAUUUGUACAUGUUGAAGACACAACUGGUAAAGGGCUCAGUGAAAUCCUGCUUGACCAGUUGGAGAAGCACAACCUCAGCAUUUCAGAUUGCCGUGGGCAGUCAUACGACAAUGGCAGCAAUAUGAUGGGCCACAAACAGGGUGUGCAGGCAAGAAUUUUAGAGCUGAACAACAAGGCGCUAUGCAUCCCAUGCAGCAGUCACACACUAAAUCUGGUUGUGUCAGAUGCUGCCAAGUCUUCAGUGUUGUCCAUGUCUUUUUUUGGUAUGCUGCAACGACUGUACAACCUUUUCAGUUCCUCUGUGCACCGCUGGGCAAUUUUGAAGCAGCAUGUGAAGCAGCUCACCCUUAAGCCACUUUCAGGGACGAGAUGGGAGGCCCGAAUUGACAGUGUGAAGGUAGUGCGGUACCAUCUACCUGAAAUACUAGACGGACUGUCAGCACUGGAGACAUAUGCUACAGAGAAGGGGGACUCAGAGACCAUGUCCUCAGCAAAAAGCUUACAUGGUGAGCUUAAAACAUGGUCCUUUCUUCUGUGCACAAUAACCUGGUACAACGUUUUGUAUCAGGUUAACCAUAUGAGCAAGCUCCUCCAGAGCCCGGAUGUUUCAAUGCAAACACUGAAAAAAGAAACCGAGGGAGUGACAGAGUACCUAGAAGAUUUCAGGGAAAAUGGACUCGCAUCAAGCCAAACGGAUGCAAUGGAGAUUGCAGAAGAUCUGGAAAUUGAGAGGAAAUUGCCUGAGAAAAGGCAACGUAAAAAGAAAAGGCAGUUCCUUUACGAGAGUACAGAUGAAACCCAAUCGACCCCAGAAGAGGCCUUCAGAAGGGACUUCUUCCUGCCUUUGGUUGACACUGCCAUCACCAGCCUAAAAGACAGAUUUUCCAGACUGGAGGGGGUGUAUGCCCUGUACGACUUCCUGUUCAGCAUUGAUAUCAUGAGGGCCACAAUCAAGACUGGGAAAUUGCAUGAGAGAUGCAGGAAAGUGGAACAAACCCUCCAUGAUAUUGAUGCAGACGACUUGGCAUUGGAGAUCAACUCUGCUGUCCACACCUUUCCAGAUGAAGUAUCCAGGUGCCCAUUUAAAAUGCUGGACUACAUAUACAGUGAGAAGCUGUUGGACCUGUACAGCAAUUUAAGCAUUGCACUGCGCCUACUUCUGACCCUUCCUGUCUCGGUUGCCUCCGGAGAGAGGAGCUUUUCAUCUCUGAAGCGCAUAAAGAAUUACAUGAGGUCAACUAUGAGCCAAGAGAGGCUCUCUGGACUGGCACUCAUGUCAAUUGAGAGUGACGUCCGCAGGUCUUUGGACUUGGAGGGGAUUGUGUCUGCAUUUGCUGAGGCCAAGGGCCGCAAGCAGCAGUUUCAGUAGGAAAUAAAAAAAAUAAUAAAGGCUACUUUUCAGUGUAUGUUUGACCUCUUUUGUGAUUAAAACGCACAGAAUUGCGGAAAUUUUUUUUUUAAAGGCCCCCAACAACUUCUUUGCCUAGGGCCCCCAAAAUCCUAGAA